GGCUGGCGCCGCGCGGGGGGCGGGCGGCGCGGAGGAGGCGGCGGUGGCCAUGGCCGAGGCGUCGCCGCAGCCCGGACGGUACUUCUGCCACUGCUGCUCGGUGGAGAUCGUGCCGCGCCUGCCGGACUACAUUUGCCCGAGAUGCGAGUCCGGCUUCAUCGAGGAGCUUCCGGAAGAGACCAGGAGUGCCGAGAGCAGCUCCGCCCCCUCCGCGGCCCCCUCGGACCAGGCCAGGCAGCCGUUCGAGAACGUGGACCAGCACCUCUUCACGCUGCCGCAGGGCUACGGGCAGUUCGCCUUCGGCAUCUUUGACGACAGCUUUGAGCUGCCCACGCUGCCGCCCGGGGCGCAGCCGGACGACGGCCGGGACCCCGAGGGCCGUCGCGACAGGGAGCAGCCCUCGCGGCACCGCUAUGGCGCCCGGCAGCCCCGCGCCCGCCUCACUGCGCGGCGGGCCCCCGGCCGGCACGAGGGCGUCCCCACGCUGGAAGGGAUCAUCCAGCAGCUGGUCAACGGCAUCAUCACUCCGGCUGCCGUCCCCAGCCUGGGCCUGGGCCCCUGGGGCGUCCUGCACUCGAACCCGAUGGACUACGCCUGGGGGGCCAACGGCCUGGACGCCAUCAUCACGCAGCUGCUCAACCAGUUUGAGAACACGGGCCCCCCGCCCGCCGACAAGGAGAAGAUCCAGGCCCUCCCCACCGUCCCCGUCACCGAGGAGCACGUAGGCUGUGGACUGGAGUGCCCGGUGUGCAAGGACGACUACCGGCUGGGCGAGCGCGUGCGCCAGCUGCCCUGCAACCACCUCUUCCACGACGGCUGCAUCGUGCCCUGGCUGGAGCAGCACGACAGCUGCCCCGUCUGCCGGAAGAGCCUCACAGGACAGAACACGGCCACCAACCCGCCGGGCCUGGGCGGCGUGGGCUUCUCCUCGUCCUCCUCCUCAUCCUCCUCCAGCUCUCCGGGCAGUGAGAACCCAGCCGGCAGUGCCUGAGCCUGCCCCACGCGCGCACAGGGCCUCAGCCCGCGCCCGGGAGGCCCCGUGGCCCCAGGACUGUGGGGCCGGCCGCGCCCAGCCACGGGCGGAGGCUGGAGGACCCGCCGCCUCCUGCUGCGGGGUGCUCAGCCUCCCAGGAUGUCCUGAGGCCAGCAGAGGGGCGGGCACGUGUGGCCCCCGUGUCCCCGCUUCCCCGUCCCGUGGCCGCUCAUCCCACCCCUACGUGUCCCGCGGUGGAAAGGUUUUUAUAAUUUUAAAUUAUUACUGCUUUGAAAUAAAUGGACGUUGAGCUCA